AUGGCCAAACGACGUACAAUUUAUAUUCUCCUCGUCCUCCUCGCUCUCGUUCUCUUCGGCACAGUCACCGUAUUAUCUUCCAUCUCCUACUACCUUUCCAUCAAUGCUGCCGCAUUUCUUUCAGACAGAGAGGUUCCAGUGUUAGACAACACAACACGCUGGAAUGCAACGGAACAUGGAAAGGUUGAGAAGAUACCCCGUAUCAUACAUCAGACUUGGAAGUCAGAGACUCUCCCACCAAUGUGGAAAGACCUCUCAGAGGCGUGCCGAAACAUGAUGUCGGACUACGACUACAUGCUCUGGACUGAUGCCAGUUCUCGCGAGUUCAUCGCAGAGUACUAUCCCUGGUUUCUUGACACGUUCGACAACUACAAGUUCACCAUUCAACGAGCGGAUGUUAUUCGUUAUUUCGUUCUUUAUCACUACGGAGGAAUAUAUCUUGACCUAGACGUCGGAUGCCUGCGACCUCUGGAUCCGCUAUUGGUAUUUCCCGUCAUCUUGCCCAAGACCAUACCUGUAGGCGUUUCCAAUGACCUCAUGUUCGCGGAGAAGGGUCAUCCAUUCCUCGCCCAAACUAUCCACAACCUUGUCACCUUUGACCAUUCUUGGAUAUUAAACUAUCCCACCGUCAUGUUCUCCACAGGACCCAUGUUCCUCUCCUUCCAGUACAGCCUCUACACUUCAGCCCAUCCCAUCAUGCCAAAUGAGCCAGGAGAUGUUCGAAUCCUCCCCAAAUCUCUUUAUGGCAAGAAUGCCAAACCGGAAGAGGCUCCCCAUUCUUUCUUCGCCCAUUAUUACGGCAGCAGCUGGCAUGCCGACGAUGCUGCGUUUAUCGGCUUCUUGAAUACGUGGGGCAAAGGAUUAAUGUGGCUGGGUUUAGCCCUACUAGUCUAUGGCGCCUACAAGCUCGCACUCCCUAGCAAGCCACGCAAGUAUAGUCUCAGGAGAAUUGGCGGAUAUGAUGUCCUUUUGCCUAGAUGGACGCAGCGCAAUGGGCGCUGGCACAUCGACAUGCGGUGGUCCUUCCUUCCAGCAUCUGGCGCUUCUACACAGCCGUCAUCUCCUAUCAACUCCGUUCCCCAGUCACCGUUGGAUGAACAUGUUUCAUUACUCCCCCUUCCCUUUGAGUUGAGGCCAGACUCACCCGCACCCUCUGACGUUUCAUCUUCUGUAGACAUGUUUCCGACCUCGAGUUAUCGCGCGACAUCCUCCAUUCUUGAUACUGUGCGUCGUGUACGAGACCAUGCCACGGGUUAUUUGAAUCUGUCCCGAGAGCCAAUCGCGUUACCACGCGCGCCGUCUCGAAGCAGGCGACAGCGGUCUCGGGGUGUCAUGUUUUUCCUCCCAGCUAUCUUUACGCAGUCCCAAAAUAUGGACAUUCCUCCGCGCAGCCCGCCCCCGCAACCAUCUUCUGGACGAAAUCUGCCCCCUUCUUCUCAGCUCCCGCCUGAGAAGCUUUGGCAAGGGGCCGAGGGUAGAAUUGGCGACGAGUCAGCGGAUGAGUUUUAUCAGGGCUCCUCUCAAUCUCCCCGGCCACCAUUGGAGAAUCGUCUUCCGCAUUGUUCUUCGAGUCCGCUCAUUGAUGUCGAAUCACAAAACUCAUAG